GCACAACAACCAAAAUGAGUUGGCCCGUUCAACACAAUUGUUGGAUUCGUGAUUUUUGGGUGUUUCAAUGACUUCAGAGAAAGAAGAAGAACACGACUAUUUAUUUAAAAUCGUUUUGGUGGGUGACUCUGGAGUAGGUAAAUCCAAUUUGUUAUGGCGUUUUACUAGAAAUGAGUUUCACCUAGACUCCAAAUCAACGAUUGGAGUAGAGUUUGCAACUAAGACUAUACAUUUGGAAGAUGGAAAAGUUGUCAAAGCACAAAUAUGGGAUACAGCGGGUCAAGAGAGAUACAAAGCCAUUACAGCGGCCUAUUAUAGAGGAGCCUUUGGUGCACUAUUGGUAUAUGAUAUUACCCAAAGAGCUUCUUUGGAAAACAUUCCAAGAUGGCUAAGGGAAUUACGUGAACAUGUAGAUAAUCAAAUGGUCGUUAUGUUGGUCGGAAAUAAGUGUGACUUGAGACACUUGAGACAAGUAGAAAUAGAGCAAGGAAAGAAACUGGCUGAAGAAGAGGGUUUGCUAUUUUUAGAAACUUCAGCACUUGACUCAACCAACGUAGAAGAAGCAUUUACGCAACUGAUUCGAGAAAUAUAUAGAUUGAUGAAGAAGAAGGCACUCGUUAACGAAUCUACGCAAUCAUUUGCUUUGAAACAGGAUAAUACGGUGGUUAUUCGAGAUCCUAGUGCAGCAAAAUCAUCUAAAAAGAAAAAGUGUUGUACUUGAUAUAUAUAUAUAUAUCACAUUGCCUAUGACUGUUCCAUU